AACACGGCUCACUUCUCAGCGCUACUGCCUCUGCCUCAACUUCGGAGACCACAUCUGCAGCUCCCAAAACAAGGCCUGUUCUGCAGCUGGACAAUUCGCUGCUAAAAUCCCAAACCGAAGAGCAGAGCCAGAGCCAGAGGAGACAAAAGUGACAAUAGGGCCAAAGCCUCAUCCCAGAUUCCAAACGUCAUUCUGCAGCCCUCUUGCUAUCAACUGCUGCCUGCUGGCUGCAGCCAGGUCCCUGGUCCACACGCAGCCUGCAUCAGAAGCCUGCAGUGGCAUGGGGGCUGGAGAUGGGAAACAGAUGGUGGCCUGUGCUUUGUCUUUCCCAAGUUUACAGCCUCACCUGGGCUGUUCUGAGGAGCCCCGAGAGGCCCUCACCAUGAAGGGUUUCACAGCUGCUCUCUUCCUCGGGACUCUGAUUUUUCCCAGCUGCAGUGGAGACAGCGGUGGGAGAGCCUGGCCCACACACACGGUCUGCAGUGACAGUGGCUUGGAAGUGCUCUACCAGAGUUGCGAUCCAUUACAAGAUUUUGGCUUUUCUAUUGAAAAGUGUUCCAAGCAAUUAAAAUCAAAUAUCAACAUUAGAUUUGGAAUAAUUCUGAGAGAGGACAUCAAAGAGCUAUUUCUUGACCUAGCUCUCAUGUCUCAAGGCUCAUCUGUUUUGAAUUUCUCCUAUCCCAUCUGUGAGGUGGCUCUGCCCAAGUUUUCUUUCUGUGGAAGAAGGAAAGGAGAGCAGAUUUACUAUGCUGGGCCUGUCAAUAAUCCUGAAUUUACUAUUCCUCAGCUGCUCAAUAUUGGAAGAGUAUGACUCAUGGGAGCUUCUAGAACCAUGGAAUCACACCCCAGGCACCAUCCAGAGCACAGCCUGGCUCUCUUGAACACAUUUCAGGGUUGGGGACUCCGCUCUCUUCGGAAGCUCUGCUCAUUGCUAGAAAGUUGUUCACUUGUAACAAAAGCCACCUCUCAUGCAGGUUCUCUCCGGUGGUCUCACCUACUCCUUCCCUCUGGUUUGUACAGAUUAAACUCCUUCCCCCUUUGGGUGACAGGCAGUUCAAAGAUGUGCCAGCAGUCUCCUGGCCUCCUCUGCCACAGUCCCUCUGCUCUGCUUGUGACCCUCCCACCACCCCAGAGCAUUUUCCUCUCCAGAUUAGUGUCUACAAACACAUCACCGCUCUGUGGCUGCUGGGGUGCAGGGCUGGGGCGCUGGCAGCAAACAAAACCGGCAUGGCUCUUCCACAGUCUUCACAGGACCUGGCUGCCAGGAGGCUUCUGCCAAGCUGACUGCAAAGGAAGGGAGACCGCCUCACAGUGUUGCUGCCAGCAAGGACCCCCAAAGGCAGUCAUUCUUUCUGUGCCGGGGCAUUUUGGUUUUGUGCUGGUGAACUGUGCUCCCGGGGUCUUCUCUGUCUCAGCAUACAACCCUUUCUCCCUCCAGUUGCUCAGGCCAGGAGUCCUAGAGUCACCUUUAACCCACCUCUUUCUCUCCUACCCACUUGCAUGUCCUCAGCGGAUCCUAUCGGCUGUUCUUUCAAAAUUUCUCUAGCACCCAAACCCUUCCCCCACCUCCACCUCUAAUCCAGGUCAUCUUCAUCUCUCACCUGGAUUCCUGUAAUCACCUCCCACCUGGGCUUUUCAGUGAAGCAGCCAGAGGGAUCCUACUGACACAAGCGCCAGGGCAGGCCACCCUCUCCUGACCCCAGUUCCUUUCAGAGUGGAAGCUGAUUUCCCCACCACAGCCUUUGAGGUCCUAAGAGUCUGGCCUCCUUUGUCACCCUAACUUCACCCCCACCGUCCCCCGCUCUCCCUGCAGCCCCACUCGCCUCCUUCUGCCCCUCUAAGGUGGGGCCCCAGCUCAUAGCAGGACUGCACCUUCUUGCGUCUGCUUCAGGUCUUUACCUAAACGUCGUCAUCUCAGCAGGGCCUCCUUUCACCACCAUGCUCAAAAUUGCAGACCAGCACUCUCCUUGACCCACCCAGUGCUUCCAUCCACUCCCUUCCUGCAUGAGUCUUCUCCAUGACAUGAACACCUGACAUACCAUACGUAGUCACAUAUCAUAAGGCUGGUCUGUCUCUCCCAGAGAUGCUGGAAGCUCCACAGCGCAGGGGUUGGCUUGUCUUGUUCUAAGGUUAUCCGCAAUGUCCAGAACAUCACCCAGCACAUAGAAGUUUCUCUGUCAAUAUUUGUUAAAUGAUUAAUUGUACUGUGGGUCACAUGUCUAAUACUUAACCUGUGCCCCUUGCAGGGAGAAUACCAGGUUUUGCUGGAACUGUAUACUGAAAAACGGUCCACCGUGGCCUGUGCCAAUGCUACUAUCAUGUGCUCCUGACCGUGGCCUGUAGCAAAACUCACAGCCAGCUUCAUCUCAUGGGACCUCCAAGCUCCUCUCA